AUGGCCCAAAACAAACUACUCUCCAUUCUUGUUCUCCUUUUGCUUGUUUUCUUCCAGGAAAUGCAGUGCAUUGCAGGAAGGCCUUUGAUAUUGGACCAAAAACCCAAAUUCCAGAAGGUCCAAACUCACGGUAGAGUCCUAGCGAAGGAAACAGAGGCUAUUCUUGAUGGCAAGGUUAACUUGCAUGGUGUUAACAUUAACGCAGCUGACGCCAGCACGCAGUCUCCACCUUCACCACCAAAUGUGGUUGUAGGAGCAUCCCAGGCCCCGCCUCCAAAACCCGUAGACGACUUCAGGCCCACAGCUCCUGGACACAGUCCUGGUGUCGGCCAUUCCAUUCAAAACUAG